CGGCGGCACUAGCACUUUGGGUGUGAGUGCGAGUGUGGGGGUGGGCAGUGUUCGUAGCAACCCCACCAGCAGUGGUAGCAAGAGUGUUGCCAGUGGCACUGUCAACUGCAUUGCCAACACCGUGCCCCUGCCUGCCCGGGCUGCAGCUGUUGAGAAUUCUGGCAAGACUGCCACCACCACGAGUUCCGCCACGCGGCACGUCUCCACGUCACCAGUGACGAGCAGUGGCACAGUGCGGACGGCAGUCACAUUGGUUAACUUUGUUAGCCAGGCUUCUGCAGGUGCUGCUGCCAGGGCGAAAUACCGGACCACGAUAGCGACAGGUAGCAGUAAAGUGAUGACUGUCUCAACAGCAUCAGGCACAUCUGAUGGUCCUCCCAUUCCAUCAUGCUCUCCCAUGGAGCAACAUAAUCAAAAACAGCAACAGCAGCAGCAAAAGCACCAACAGCAGCAGCAACAACAACAUCCACCACCACCACAGCAGCAGCCAAAGCAACCCCAACAACAGAAGCAAAUCCAGCCACAACAGGCCCAACUGCAGCAGAAACAACUGCAGCCUCAGCAGAAACAGCAGCAGCAACAGCAGCCACAACAGAAACCACAGCUCCAGCAGCUGCAGAAGCCACAACAACCAUCGCAGCCUCCACCACCUCCUCCGCCGCCGCCACCCCCUCCACCUCCGCCACAGCAGCAGGCGCAGCAUCAACAACAGAAACCACAGCCGCCACAGCCACACCCACAGCCCCAGAGGCCACAACAGCCUGGAGCCACUAAUGGGAGCCUACCUCACAAUUCACCUGGCUCAGAUAUGCGUCAGGCACCUCGACCGAGGCAGGGACAUGACAUGGGACCGAGGAUGCCUCCCGGUGGCGGAAGUGGCUACGGCCCGCCUCGUCCGAUGCCUCCGGCACCACCUCCGCCACCCCCGCCCGGCCAGCCCGGGAUCAGUGGCCCACCAGCUGGCCGCUACCCGCCGCCCCCACCACCGCGCUAUGGCCCACCUCUGCCACCCAUGCGGCCUCCCCCGCCACCCCCUUUCGGCCUGCUGCCUCCUGCUCCACCACCACCUCCGCCACCCUCGUCCGGUGCUGCGAGGGCCGCAGCUGCUGCCGCAGCCUUCCUUUCACGACCUCCCCCUCCGCCCCCACCUCCUGCGUGCAGGGGAUACGCUGCACGCUGCGGGGUGCCGCCGCCUGUGCUGCGGCAGCUGUUGCUGGUGAGACCGCCCCCUCCGCCCCCGCGGGCGGCUCCCGGCCCUCGGCCUCCGCCUCCUGACAGGUGCCCUCCCCUUGGCCAGCCUCCCGGUGCCGCUGGAGGCUCUUCGGUUGAAAGGAUGUCACUGCCAGAUGACCUCAAGAAGAAAUGCACCGAUACCCAGUGUGACAUCUGCUCUAUGACGUUUGGGUCCCCAUUUCAAGCGAAGCAACAUUAUUCAUCGAGAAAGCAUGUUCUGAAAGUUCAGAAGCUGACAAAAAGGACACCGGACUGUGGCGAACCAGAUGCCAAGCGGCCACGCCCAGAACGGAGACAGAUCGGUCAGCAGACAACUCCUCUCCAGAACAACCAGGAUGCAUCACACCAAAAGGCUGGACGUGUCGGGGUAUCUGGGCCAACAGACAAACCCAACUCAGUGCAUCCGGAGGCUACUGCGAAUACUAAUGAUGGAAGGGUGUUGCUGAAUUCAUCAGGUGAAAAUAGUUAGCAACACCGUUCUAGCAAUGAGAGAGUCCAUCAAUGAUGGUAUUACUUGUGGAUAUAGGGAGAAAUGAUGUGGAUUUGGAAAUUUUCUAGAGAGAAAGUGUGGGUGAUGAAUAAAAUUAGAUAUCAUCACAAAAUGAUGGAUUAGUUUCCUGUAUUUAUGUUAUAAUGCCACAUUAACAGACUGAUGCAAGAUGAUGAAUGUGCACGUCGGGCAUUGCUUUGGGACUGUCUUUCACAUGAUACUGUGUGGUAAAAAAAAGGGAAAAAAAUGUUGUGUGUUUAGUGUGCUGUUCAACAUUAUUAUGUGAGAUUUUUGUUUGAGUUUGCUGAAUGUGCAUUAUUCUCAAAUGCAUGUGCCAGAAUACGUUAGACAUGUAAUCAAACAAUUGCGACAUAUAGAACUAAUUAUAUGUUAAUGAUUUAACAGUUUGAAACUGAUAAAAUUGAAGCUGAUCACCCCUUGUCAUUUUCUUCAAUAUAAUCUUCAAAAUUCUAUCUUUUAUAAAAUACUGAUCUGCUCUUCCAGAAAGAGACUCUUGGCAAUGUUGUCUUUUCCUAGCAUGUGCGUAAAAAAGACAUUUGGUUUAACAUAAUGAUUCAUUGGCACUGUAAAAAAAAUAGUAUGUAUUGCGUGUCUCAAAUCUUUUAAGUUAUGUAGUAGAGUUUCAGCUUGGCUAUUUAAAAAUAUAAAAUGAGAAGUCAAUGAGCACAAAAUUGUGUUCAUCUGGUCACCAAGCUAUCAAUGUUUUCCAUGUCAUUCUGCGUAUGACGUGGUGUAUAUAUGCUUCUGUUCUCUUGUAACAACCAGAACAACUUGUUAAUGUACCAGUUUGAUUUUGUAUGAAAGCAGAGGAAGAUCUGCUAUUCAGAUAUGUAACUUGCACCAAAUUUUGCAAGUUCUGGAGUAUUAUGAGAGAAAGUAAGUGAAUCACUGUAGAUGUCCAUGAAAGAAGUUGUGGUUAGCCAUAUAUAUGUAGCAUUGGAAGAUAUUAUUUCUCAUUCACCAAAGUUCACAAUACAGUCAUCCAGCAGCACACGAAGCUAUAAAACUAAUUAUGUUAGUAUGACUGCCUUGUUAAUGUUUUAUUUAUUUGUAGACCGAAAUAUACUGACUGCUUUUGUCAUGUAAAAGAUGCUUGGAGAGGGUCUCAAGUUCUAGCAUCACAUGUUAUGGUACAACAUUAUUUUCUAUGUGUUUUUCAUUUUUGAUCUCUCUGUGGGUUCUUUUAUGUAUCACACUGGCAAGAAGUCAAGGAGUGACAGUGACUUACAUAUGUGUACAGUAUUGUCAUAAAUGAACAGACAUCAUAUAUCACUUUUUCAGUAUACCUGACAGGGAAAGAAAAAUAUUUUAAAAGAUCCCAGUUGCGUACAUCUAAAGGAAUCAACUGCCACCAGUUAAUGUUGUCAUAGUUGAAGCAUCCUCCUCUUUCCUUCACCUUUAAUGAAGUGUAGUGUAUGCUUUCCAACUGUUUGUGUUCUGUAAACCUAUAAGUUAAAAAAGAACUGUGGAAAGAGUUCAUGAAAGUACAUGCAAAGUUGGUGGGGUUGAAGGUCUGUAAAUUGUUAUUUUAACCAUUUUCCAGAAUACAGUCUGUUGGCAGUCUUUGGAUGUGUAGACGUACUGUGACCUUAGCAGCUGUCAUUCAUUCUGCAGAUUUAGUAACUAAACAUAUAUGUCCAAAAAUGACAACACCAAUGGUAGAUGGGGCUUUUAUAUGAAUGAGAAAUGUUAACUUCAAUGCAAGUAACAUGUGUUUAUCAGUGUGUUUGUGAAAUUCACAGUGGUGCAUAUUUUUCAAUACACCAUUGUCUAAUAAUUUGUGAACUGUGAAUGUCAAAGAACUUGUUACUUGAGCCAGUUUUUUUACUGGUUUCCUUUAGUCAAAAGUCAAUAUUUUAUGUUAUGUGUGUAAUUGUGGUUCUCUGUGCAACGUAUGAUUGAAUAGCUGUUUAGUUUGAAUGUAUGUUGGCAGUGUUGUGACAGAAGACAGUGCUACGUAAAAUCUUAGAAGUAGAUUAAGUGCUUCAUAUAAAUUUCUAGUCACUUUUCUAAUGCAGAAAACAAUAUGAGUUAUUGUGUACCAGCUAGCCAUUCUGUGUUCUUUAAGCACCAGUAAUGCGCAUAGAAGUAAGUUACAAUCCUGUUUUCAGUUGUUGGUUUGUUUAUUUUAAGGUACAGUGAGACCUGUAUACUUUUGUAAAAUAUUUAUGAAUAAAUAUAUAGAUG